AUGAUCGUGGCCGGUGCUGCACAAGCAUCAACGAUCGGGCGUAGGGAGAACUCUGCAUACAGCCUUUCGCCCAAGCUCUACACGAAUCUCAACCUGGGGCAAAUCAAACCCAACGGCUGGCUCAAAGAUCAAUUACAGCUUCAGGCUGAUGGACUGGCGGGUCACUUGAAUCUAUUUUACCCAUUAGUAACAGAAGGAUCCUGGACAGGCGGUACAAAAAAUUACUCUGAUCUGAAUGAAGCUGGUCCCUACUGGUUUCACGGAAUUAUACCACUAGCUUACGAGCUCGAGGAUACUCGAUUAACAAAAGCAGUCAAAGACUUUAUGGACUAUGUUCUCAACCAUCAGUAUCCUGAUGGCUGGAUAGGUAACGAAACAGGAGACAAGUGGCAGCCCAGGCACCUUUGGGGACGCUACCCGUUCUUCUUCGGAGCCAUUAUGAUGGUUGAGGCGGACCCUUCGUAUACCGAUAAGUUUGUAGCGGCCUUCCACAAGUUCGUAGAGAUAUCGAAUCAGAUGUUAAGAAAUGGACAAGGAACUAGCGACUGGACUGGAGGAACUCGAUGGCAGGAUUACGCUAUGGCUCUGCAGUGGCUUCAUGAUUACCAUCCCAAUGGCAAAGAGGAGCUCCUUGUGGACACGAUGCAACGAAUCAAAGCUGUAUCUACUAAUUGGCGUGACGUGAUGUCCGAAGCCAAGUUCCCAACUAGCUCGGUCUCCGAGUUUAGGAUAUAUUGGCAUGGCGUGAAUUUGGCUGAGGGACUGAAGGCUUCCGGAGCAACUUACAGAUUCACUCAUGAUGAAACAGAGAAAACUGAGGCAGCAGCAGCUUGGGAUCGCUUAUACAAGUACCAUGGUCGCCCUUCCGGCAUCUUCGCUGCUGACGAAUACUUGGCGGGGUUGGACGCAAUCAGAGGAACCGAGCUUUGCCUUGUUGUGGAAUCUAUCUAUUCAUCUUCUUAUCUCUAUCAAGUGUUCGGAGACGCUAAGUACGCAGAAAGGGCAGAGAAACAGGCUUACAACUCCUUGCCUGCAACCAUAAGUGGAGACAUGUGGACCCAUCAAUAUCUCCAACAGCAAAACCAAAUUUCAGUACGAGAUAUGAGUCCCAACCCAUUCCCAGCAGACGGCUCGUAUUCAAACGUUUUUGGAUUAGAGCCCAACUACCCAUGCUGUACCGUGAACCACCCCCAGGGAUUCCCGAAGUUUAUCUCUCAUGCCGUCGUAUCAUCCGCCGACCAGAAGUCUUUGACACAGAUUUACUUCGGGCCGUUGACUGUGAAGACAGCUCUUUCGGGUGUCGGAGCAAAGGUUUCUAUCAACGUUGAUACCAACUAUCCCUUCUCCGAUAAUGUCAAGAUAACCAUCAAUACGGACAAAACUUUCGAUUACUAUAUUCGGGUACCUACCUGGAUAAACAAGCAGGCCAGUAUCAAAAUCGGCAAUUCGGCUGAGAAAGCUUUCUCUCCCGAUAGUACGACCAAACUGCAAAAGGUCUCAGUCAAAGCGGGAACGACCAUCAUAUCGUUGGUUCUUUCGGGAGAUAUCACUGUUGAGAGCCGUCCUCAAGGAUCCGUCGCUAUCCAUCGUGGGCCUUUCAAUUACGCCUUGGACAUCCCAAGAAACUCAACCUUGCUGAACACCUUAUAUCCUGCCGAACCUCGCGCGUCAGAUUAUCAGUUCGAUGCGACAGCCAGCUGGAACUAUGCCAUCGACCCUUCAACACUCAAGUUUAAUCCGGCGCCUGGCAAUACUGCCCUGAAAAAGCCUAUUUUCGACGCUGGGGCUCCCCACUGA